UUUGAGAAGUGCUUCUGGUCACGUGUCCACUACAGUUGGUCACAUGACUUCAGUUGUAAAAAUGAAAACUGGGCAGGAUCUUCUGACGCCUACCUGGCUUGUUUUCAUCCUUUCUUUGUGUAUUUACCGCAGCCAGCAACUGGUCGAGCCGCAGGUGUGCAAACAAUGUAGCGGGACUGUGCCGCAAGGCUCCGAGGUGGGCAAAUUUUGCUCCUCGUCCAACGGUCGGGUCGUCGGACGUUGCUGCCUGGCGAACGAAACGAGUAACCAUGAACGCAUCAUCGGGCUGGAUUUGUCCAAUUGUUCUUUAACGCAUCUGGACAAUCUCCAGGAAGCAUCAGACGCUUUAAUAAUAGAUCUGUCCUCAAACGCCAUCAUCAACAUGAGUGACUCAGCAUUUCAAGGAUUCAGCCAGUUACGUCAAUUAUUUUUGCCAGCAGACAUCACUUGUCCAGGUGGGAAUUCUUCCUGGGACAAAGUGAAGACAGAUGAAGGAAUACGCCUUUGCGAAGGCCAGAGAAACAUGUGCAAUCAGUCUGGGAAGAUGCCUGUUCACUGUCCGGAGUACUCCCAUUGCACCGCGUACGGGCCCGGCUUCUUCGAGUGCAGCUGCGCCGACGACUACCACGGAUACAAGUGCCUGCGAGAGGGGGAGUUUCCAGCUCUGUGGGUGUUUGGGCUUCUGGGAGCUUCCACGCUUGCCCUUUCCCUCCUGCUGUGGUUCACUCAGAGGCGAAAGGCCAAGUCGCUCUAGGCUAGCUCAGAUUUUUUUUUUUUGGGGGGGGGGGUUGUUUUGUUCUAUGUGCAUUCAUCUUCUGAGUGAGCUGAAAGGGAAGUACAUAGUACUGCAAGAGAUUCUUAGCUGGUUUUUAGGGUCACUGUUACCUACUUUGUGUAAAUAGUAUUUUAUUUUUGGAGCAUAGGAUAAAGCGCUUCACAUAAUGUAUAUAGCUUUAUAUAUAUAUGUGUGAUUUUACAAAGGCUGCACAUUUUUCUGUGUCACCAUGUAUAAGACGAGAACUACAUUCUGGAGGCUUUUGGGGGGUACAAGUGCAUAGUCCAACGAACAGUGUUUUAAGUUAAGCCGCUAACAGCCAUGAACGUUUCAUACAGUUUCAUGUUUCAUUUGACAAUAAAGUUGUACAUGACUUGAUGUUGAUGGAUGGAA